UAGAGGAAGUCGGGCUCCCGCCUGGAUGGGAGGCGGGAGGCACCCGCGCCUGUUGUUUUCCGCCAGCCGAGCGGCUGCGGGCGCAGGGCGGGGGCGCCUCCUCCCUCCGGGCCGGGCGCUCGCGGGAGACCCGCGCCGGCCGCGCAGCGCAGCUCCCCGCCGCCGACGCCGCGCGCUCCGAGCAUCCUCCGGGGGCUGCGGGGAGUGGGGACGCGGGAGCGGCGCUCGGCACCCCGGGGCCCGGGGCGCACUCCCCGCCCGGCCGGAGCCUGCGCUUCCUGACCGGGGAUCUGGGGCGAGAUGGCCGCAGGCGGCCGGGCGCGCGAGCCCCGCGUCCUCCUCUGCCUCGGGGCGCUCCUGGCCCGCUGGGUCGCCGCAGAACUGGAGGCCGUGGUCGUCGGAGAAGUUAAUGAGAACGUCACUCUGCACUGCGGCAACACCUCGGGACCCAGGGGCCCGGUGACCUGGUAUCGGAACAACUCGGAGCCCGUCUUCCUUCUCUCCUCCGAUCCCAGCCUCCAGCCGGUGGAGCCUCGCUUCUCCCUGGUGAACGGCAGCUCCCUGCACAUCGGGGUGCUGGGCCUGCAGGACGAGGGCGGGUACACCUGCCAUGAGGGCCUCAACGGGACCAGGCGCUUCCCCGUGCAGCUGAAGGUGGCCAGUGGCCCCGAUCAGAUCGAGGUCAACAUCUCCGCCGCCGGCUGGCUCCCCAAUGGCACCCGCUACACCGCCAGGGGCUCCCAGGUGGACUUCAGCUGCAGCAGCGGCUCCCAGCCGCCGCCCAUGGUGGAGUGGUCCUUCCACACCCCUUCCGGCUCCGAGUCCUUUGGAAAAAACCUGACGGUCAACUGCUUCACGCUCUUGCUGAUGUCACCAAACCUCCAAGGGAACUACACCUGUGUGGCCAAGAACCUGCUCAGCGGGAGACAGCGAGAGGUGACCACCGAGCUCCUGGUCUACUGGUCCCCUCCCUCGGUUCCUCGGUGCUCAGCGGAGAUGCCGUCGGGAUCGUUUGCACUGAAGCUCACGUGCGGCUGGGACGGGGGAUACCCCCGCCCUACCUUCCUGUGGACAGAGGAGCCCGGAGGGGCCGUCGUGGGCAAGUCAGAGCUGGGGGUGGAGCUGCUGAACCUGUCCCGGCUGUCGGAUGGCAAAACGUUCAAGUGUCUUGGGAGCCACAUAGUGGGACCCGAGUCUGGAGCCAGCUGCGUGGUACAGAUCAGGGGCCCCUCCGUUCUCUCUGAGCCCAUGAAAACUUGCUUUGUGGGGGGCAAUGUGACGCUCACCUGCCAAGUGACUGGAGCCUACCCCUUUGCCAAGAUCCAGUGGCUGAGGAACCUCAGCCAGCCCGAGGUGGUCAUCCACCCCGACAGCCACUACCUCAUUACCCAGAACGGACAGAGCUCCACCCUCACCGUUCAGAACUGUUCCCGGGACCUGGACGAGGGCUACUACGUGUGUCGGGCUGAGAACCCCGCGGGGGUGAGGGCGGUGGACAUCUGGCUGAGUGUGAAAGAGCCUCUGAACAUCGGGGGCAUUGUGGGGACCAUCGUCAGCCUCCUCCUGCUGGGACUGGCCCUUGUCUCAGGGCUCAUCUUAUAUUACAGCCCCGUGUUCUGCUGGAAAGGAAGCACUUUCAGGGGCCAAGACAGGGGCGAUGUCAUGGUAUUGGUGGAUUCAGAGGAGGAAGAAGAGGAAGAGGAGGAUGCUGCAGCAGAGGAAGAGGAAGAGGAGCCAAAUGAGAGAGAGGAGUUGCCGAAAGAAAGACUCAAGCAUGGCCACAUUCACAGGGUGACCGCACUGGUGAAUGGGAACUUGGAGCAGAUGGGAAACGGACUCCGGGACCUGCAAGAUGACAUCAGUGAACAAGAAAGUGACAUCAUGCAGGAAGACGACAGGCCAGUCUGAAGACGAGGACCGGCCAUUGUUUUCUGGAAAGCGUGGAAAGCUCUGAGCUCUUCUUUCAGCUUCGACGUGACUUGCGCCCGCCUGGGAGUUUGCCUUAGCAACAUCCGGGGUCUCCCAGCAGCAAAGAAAAGCAGACGCAUAGCUUUCCUUCCCUUUUUUUUAAAAAUUGGUUUAACUUGCCAUGAAUUUCCUCAAUGAUGUAAAAAGCGGUAGGAAGGAGCACUGUGGGGAGGGGGCAGCUGCAGUUGGCAUCUGAGGUGCCACUUUUGCUGUGACUUACAGCUCUCUCCUGCCUGACAGACAGGGAUUUGGAAGGAGCACAGAUGGGGGAAGCACUUGGUCUUGGUGCCCUUGACCAUUCCCCCAGCACAAAAGGGAAUACUUUGGGGUGACAGGGCAACUUCCUUUAUUGCUGCCCAGGUGAGGACCCAGGCAAAUGGCAGAUCCCGGGGAAAGGUGACAUGUCUGCUACCGAAGCAAGUCAGAGGGAGGCAUUGGGGUCUGAUGUACCUGGGCUUCAGCCUGGGCCCUGAUCCUCCCGUGCUCCAUGGGCUUGGGCAUGUCUCUUUACCUCUCACUGAGCCUCAGUUUUCCUCAUCUGUGAAAUGGGUGAAAUCAUUCCUACAGGAGCCAAGCUUGUGAGAAAAGAGGCCACUUGGGGUGUAAAAGUGCCUAGGAGGUGCUCAGUAGAUAUUAGUUACCUUCUUUGCCUUCCCUAGUGGAAGAAAAAACUGCUCACUGUAAACAGGGAGCUACUGCAGACACUUUAGUUCUUUGUAGAAUGGUUUCCAAGAGGCCAUUGUCAGAGCUAGGGGGAUCCUUUCCCCCCCGGAGGUAUAAUUCUUUUCAAAAGAGGUAGAAACUAAUAAGAGGAAGUGCCUUUCAUUAGAAACUCACAUUUUACAGAGCUUCACAUUGUCAUAAAAGCCUCCUAGGUGAUGGACCUAGGAUUAGCUUUCAGCUUUCCUCUUCCUCCUCUUGCUUUGAAUGGAGGCAAGAGGCACAUUUCCCGAGUAUCUGUCGAUAAGAACUCCUUGAACAAACCAGUCCACCCAGCCUCAGUUGCUCUCUCCCGCUCUGGAAUGGGAAAGCGUGCUUCGUCUUAGUUCUUAAGAAUAUUAUGAGGAUACACUGAUCAGUUACACCAAGUUUCAAAUGAAAAUGACAUGUGAUGAGUUUUGGUUGCUAAGGCUUCCAGUAGAUCCCCCACCCGCUUUAUCCAAAUCCCUUGAAGUCGGGGGCCAUAUAAAGGUGCAAUGGAUGUGUGCUAACCAUGAACUUGAAUUUGCACUUGAAUUUUCACUCUUUAAUGUUGCAUAUUCUGCUCUAAUGGGCAAGAUCUAGUGCGCUUAAAAGCGAACUUCCCUUCUUCAGUACCAGGGACUGGGAUUCCCAAAAUGAGGAGCUGGUUUUCCGAAGUAACCUGCAGGUGUGUUUUUUUGGAGGAAGAGACUAAACUGAGCAAAUGACUAGAAGUGUGCCCUGUUCCCAACUCAGGACACCUGAGAGUUUGGAGCUGGCUACAAUUCGUACCAUCAGAACUAGCUGUGCAUUGUAUUUCUACUUGGUUCGGUCCUUGACUGCAUAGCAGCUCUUGGGCUGGAUCACUCUGUAAACUCUUGGUGUCAUUUCAGAAUGAGAUGCUUAGGUUGCUUCUAAAGUCACUGGAGACUUGACUAGUCAGUCUCUCCUUUAGUCUUCCAUGACUAAAUUUAAGAGCCCGCUGUACAGAGGCAUCUCAAAAAAGACCAAACUAGGGGGCAAAACCACUAGCUAGGAAUGCAGAUGAUGUUUUGCAAUAUCCCUGGGAUGUUUUCCACAACUUCCUUUUGCCCAUACACAUAAUGAUAGGAAAUGGUUGAGGGUUUUUCCACUAGCAAAUGGGAGCUUCAAGGGCUUGGUGCCAAGUGCUGUAAAGCCCUGUGUUCACUUGUACCUCCGAGUCAGUUAAAAAGCCCAAGCACUGAAGUGCUUCACGUUUUAAGGAUUUAGGAAGAAUUGGCGCUCUUUCUCCCUUUUAAAGUGAUCCAUACCCAAAUCCGUGAGCAAGUUGAUGGUAGGUUACAGCCUUUGUGUGGCAAAGUCCAAGUUGGACUUUAAAAAAAUGUUAUCUGCAUGUAUUGUUAAUUCAGAGACCAUGAGAUAAUAUUUAUCAGAAGCAGGAAGAUAAAUACUUCAGGGCAGUUACAAUUAGACUGCUUUUCCUCAAAACCUAUUGGACACUGGGGAGGGGGCUCUGAAGUCCUGUGGCUUUGAUAUUAGCUCCAUUUCUUACAAGCACAUACAGGACCUAUAACUGCAGCAGGGAAAUACAUGAUGGAAAACUUCUAUAACCUGUGCACUGAAACCUGGAAAAUCAUCGUUGCUGGGCAGAAUUUAUUAUGAUGCAGUAAGUGCCAAUGUACAUGCUCAUCAUGGGACUGGCUAGAAACUGCUGCAAAAAAAAAAAAAAAAAAAAAUCCUCUGCAUUAUUUACAUUUUAAUAUUUGAUGGGUAAAGUUGGGAGAAAUUAGUUAUGAGGUUAUGGAUUUUUUUUAAGAUUAUGGAAUAAAGUUAUUUUUAAAUAAAUGUUUCAGUGAUCUUGAUUUAGAGCUGACUAGUAAGUGUAA